AUUUAAUGUCACUGGCUCGGGCCCUCGAUGGGACUUCAUCUGCCAUAGUUUUUGGAAGUUGGGCAGUUGAUAGAGGCUUCAGAACUCCAGCCCAAUGGAUCCCAAACUUGGGAGAAUGGCUGCGUCCUCGCUCCUGGCGCUGCUGCUGCUGCUGGAGGGAGGGAUGUUCUCGUCCUCCCCGCCCGCGGGGCUGCUGGAGAAGCUCUUCCAGUACAUCGAUCUCCAGCAGGACGCGUUUGUGCAGACGCUAAAGGACUGGGUGGCCAUUGAGAGUGACUCCGUGCAGCCCACGCCUCGGUUCAGACGAGAGCUCUGCAGAAUGAUGGCCGUGGCCGCCGACAAGCUCCGGCGCCUGGGAGCCAGCGUGGAUUCCGUGGACACGGGGUCGCAGCAGCUGCCUGACGGUCAGAGUCUUCCAAUACCUCCCAUCAUCCUGGCCGAGCUGGGGAACGGCCCGAAGAAACCCACCGUGUGCUUCUACGGCCACCUGGACGUGCAGCCUGCUGCCCGGGGGGACGGAUGGCUCACGGAGCCCUACGUGCUGACGGAGGUGGACGGAAAACUUUACGGACGAGGAGCCACAGACAACAAAGGCCCGGUUUUGGCGUGGAUUAAUGCCGUGAGCACCUUCCAAGCCCUGGAGCAAGAUCUCCCUGUGAAUAUCAAAUUCAUCCUUGAGGGGAUGGAAGAGGCCGGUUCUGUCGCCCUGGAGGAGCUUGUUCAAAAAGAAAAGGACCGAUUCUUCUCUGGCGUGGACUACAUCGUGAUUUCAGAUAACCUGUGGGUCAGUCGAAGGAAGCCAGCGGUCACCUACGGGACCCGCGGGAACAGCUACUUCACGGUGGAGGUGAAAUGCAGAGACCAGGACUUCCAUUCGGGGACCUUCGGUGGCAUCCUUAAUGAGCCGAUGGCUGAUUUGGUUGCUCUUCUUGGUAGCCUCGUAGACUCGUCUGGUCAUAUCCUAAUCCCUGGAAUCUAUGACCACGUGGCGUCUCUUACAGAAGAGGAAAAGAACAUAUACAAAUCCAUCGAUCUGGACCUAGAAGAAUACCGGAACAGCAGCCAGGUUAAGAAAUUUCUGUUUGAUACAAAGGAGGAAGUUCUCAUGCACCUGUGGAGGUACCCGUCUCUUUCUAUUCAUGGCAUCGAGGGUGCGUUUGAUGAGCCCGGGGCUAAGACCGUCAUACCUGGCCGAGUUGUAGGAAAAUUUUCAAUCCGGCUCGUCCCUCACAUGAAUGCGUCUGUGGUGGAAAAACAGGUGAAGCAUCAUCUUGAAGAUGUUUUCUCCAAAAGAAAUAGUUCCAACCAGAUGGCCGUUUCCAUGGUACUAGGACUGCCCCCGUGGAUCGCAAACAUCAACGAUAGCCAGUAUCUUGCAGCCAAAAGAGCGAUCAGAACAGUGUUUGGGACAGACCCAGAUAUGAUCCGGGACGGAUCAACCAUUCCAAUCGCCAGAAUUUUCCAGGAGAUUAUCGGCAAGAGUGUGAUGAUGCUCCCGCUAGGAGCUGUGGAUGACGGGGAACACUCUCAGAACGAGAAGAUCAACAGGUGGAACUACAUAGAGGGGUCCAAGUUAUUUGCUGCCUUUUUCCUAGAGUUAGCCAAGCUGCAUGAAUAACUACGGGACCUUCCGGUUUCAUCUGACCCACUGACCGAUGCCCUUCCCCAGGCCCC